AUGACAACAUCCGCCGAGUGUUUUCUAGAAGUGGGCGCAUGCGGCGACAUUCGCUAUCUGUUCAAGGAUGGGAAACAGAUAAUCGUCAAUGGGACUCUGUCCAUUGAUCUCAGCUCUAUACCCUUGCUUGAGGAUACUACGAGAGUGGAGGGCGAGAGAGUUACGCAUGAAAAGAGGUACACGAAAAGUAAUACAAUCCUCAUCAAGGACAGCGAUUUUCCCAAUGUCCCGCGAAUUGACUACCACACCAUGCGGCAUGGGACAUGGAGCGACUGUUUACCUAUCGAAUUCGGCCACGGUACUGAUCAUCCAGAGACCGUGUUCAAGCUGGCUGCCUGGAAGACCAAACUCGUACAUCGUGAUGCUACCUUUCUCUCUAGGCUAGUAAACAGUGAUAAUAUUGUCCGCUUGGUGAGCAUCGUGACCGUCGAGGGUCGUUUCGCUGGGUACGGAAUGGACCUACUCUACGAACUUCGCUCUCCUCUUGGUCCUACGACGGAACGGCUGAAGGAGAUGUUACCGGAUUUUAUUCAGGACACAGUCGAAUACCUCCAUCAAACUGCCCAUAUAUACCACUGUGAUAUUAGGAUGAGUAAUAUCAUGGUAAAUGGACAGGGUAGGUUAAAACUCAUCGACUUUGAUAUCGCGGAAAUAGAUGUAUCGGCUUCCCCGCGCACCUACUUCCCUACCGCCCAGUUCUUUCUUGGUAUCUGCCACAGGCUCGAUCACCUUGACGUAGGUAUGUCCGUCUUCCUCAUGUUUAUGGUGUUGUCAGAUACGCGUGAAGAGAUACCCGCCAACGCCCUUGACCCUUUCAAUUUCUACAUCGACAAUAACCUCCAACGCUCAGCUUACUUUCAACAUGUGCAGGACGCGGUUCAAGGGAAGCUGCGGGCACACCUGGAACGUCCAGAUGCGGAACUUUCCAUGCCCUACAAUCACGGCGAAUGCUGA